UACAAAAAUACAGGUGUAAAAGAAUUUUACACAGAAAAGAAAAACCUUGUUAAAAGUUUCUACAUGUGUUUUCUUUGCGGUGUUUGAGCUGCAGCUGUGUGUUUGUGAUUAAAUACAAAAACCAACACCAACAGCACCUUUUAACAACCACUUUCACUGUGUCACUAACAACUGUCUGUUUGUUUAUUGUUUUCUUUGAUCUUGUCUUUCAGCUGCUUACUUCAAUUUAUCUUUUUUUUUUUACCUUUGUCUUUUAUCCUUUCAUUAUCUUAUGCCUCCAUUGUUUCAAAUCAUAUUCCUCCCUAAUAUUCACCACUUUUUCUUUGGCUUUUCUCUGUUGAUUUUUUUGUCUUCCUCACUACUUCUUGUUUUUUUUAUCUCUUUCUUCUUCCCUCAUUUUAUCAAGAUUGACAAACAGCACUCUUCACUGUCAGUACUGUAGCACUCCCUUGUUCUUUUGUUCCCCUUUCUUCCUGGGUAUGAUUAUGUCCUUCCGAUUCUUUUUCCUGUUUUGCUUUAUUUUCUUGAUUCACGACUUUGCUGUCGUCCACUUUUCGUCCUAUUUGGGAUGGAAUGGAAUUCCACGUAGUCGUGUUGGUGUCACUCGGUUGCCAGGCGUGUGCAAGGCCGCAAAAGCAGACCCGCCAGUGUUUUCUGUGUUUUAAAAAAAAAAAAGUUAUUGUAACGACCACUCAAAAUUUGAGAAAAUGUAAAUAUUCCAUAAGUCAAGUCCUUUCGAGUCAUUUUACUCAAAGUCUAAGUCGAGUCUAAAGUCCUGAGUGUCAAGUCCAAGUCAACUCUGCAGUUCACCACAUGGAUCAGCAAACACUGUGGUCCUGGUGUCUGGUGUACAGAACUCUUCCUCGUCUUCAUCAUGCCUGCCAUCCAUCAACUAAUACGAAAUCCCUCUGACCCCACUGUGUCAGUCACAGGGCACCCGACAGUAAUAUUUCAAUACACCACCAUCUUCACCACCCCGACCUACACUAACACCACCAGCAAUCCAGCUGCAGAUUUGUUCGAUAACCUGCUGGACAAGAUUCCCUUGCCUCGAUGGGCGGUCUACGCCAUCAUCGCGUGUGCCAUUCUGCUGAUUGUGAUCUGCUGUCUGUGCAUCUGCGCCAACUGCUGCUGCAAAGGCAAGAAGAGGAGGCAGAAGCAGAAGAAGAACGAGAAGAUCAACCUCCCGGAGGUGAACAAGAACACCACCACUGCGCUGGUGCAGCCAGAUGUGGCAGAUGUGGACUAUGGCUCAACCAAACAGGAUAGAGGAAAGCUGCUCUACUCUCUGGAGUACAACAACGCUCUGUCUGAGCUCCAAGUCGGCAUCAAAAAAGCCAGUGACCUCAAGGCCAUGGACCUGGGUGGAAGCUCGGACCCGUACGUCAAAGUCUACAUCUGUCCAGAGAAAUCAAAAACCUGUGAGACCAAAGUGUUCAGGAACACACUGAACCCAGUCUUCAAUGAGCAGUUCUCCUACAACAUCUCCAAGUCCUCCCUCUUGAAGUCAACCGCGGUGAUGAAGGUGUUCGACUUCAACAGAUUUGGCAAACACAACAUCAUCGGAGAGCUCAGGCUGCAGCUCAACAACGUCGACUGGAACCACGUCCUGGAGGAGUGGCAGGACCUCGCUGAGCCUGCCAAGUUUGAGGAUGAAGAGCUGGGGGAGAUCUGCUUCUCCCUGCGCUACGUUCCCACUGUCGGCAAACUGACCGUGGUGAUCCUAGAGGCCAAGAACCUCAAGAAGAUGGACAUCGGAGGAUUAUCAGAUCCGUAUGUGAAGGUGCAGCUGGCUCUGGACAAGAGGAAGUGGAAGAAAAGGAAGACGUCCAUUAAAAAGAAGACAUUGAACCCCUAUUACAACGAAUCGUUCACUUUUGAUGUGACAUUUGAUCAAAUCCAGAGGGUAAACCUGGUCAUCUCUGCGUGGGACCACGACGCUGUGACGCGAAACGAUGCCAUGGGGAAGAUCUUCCUGGGCUGUGAUGCCACAGGGAACCAGUUGAGACACUGGGCCGACAUGUUGUCCAACCCACGGCGGCCGGUGGCUCAGUGGCACAGCCUGCUGUCGGCCGAGCAGGUCAACUCCACACUGAACCUGAAAAAGAAGAUCCCUCUCCGUGACAAACUGCCCAUUUGAUGGAAAAACAUGUAACAUUCUCAGGAAAAUCAUUGACAAAGAGAUGGAAAUAUUGAAUAUUCUAUAUAUAUAUUCUAUAUCUAACUGACUACCCUGUAUUGUAAAUUAAAGAUCUAUUAUAUUUUACUAUCAAAUCAUAUAAUGUUUGUUUUUUUAACUUUAAAACACGAGCACUUUCCUUCUGUAUGAAAUGUAUCUCUAAUCCAGACUUUGCUUUAAUUUGAAAAUAAAUGUCAUGAAAUCUCA